AUGGCAAACCAGCAACUAGAACCCUCAUUCGAAGACAUUACGGACUUCGAGGACGCGAAACGAGGGCUGGUUGAUGCUCUCCGCCCAUGUGUUAUUCGCGACGUCGAUGCUCGUGUCGUCUGGAACAAUGACGAAUAUAGUUUUCUGGCCGAGAAAUGCCCUGAGACCGCCAACCCCAAGCUUUGGCGCCAAAGCCAACUGAGCUCGAUCCAGGGAUUGUUUGAGGUGACUCGGGGAGUGUAUCAAGUACGCGGCUUCGAUUUAUCCAACAUGACCAUUGUGGAGGGGCAUGAAGGCGUGGUCAUCAUCGAUCCCCUCACAGCUGUCGAGACCGCGGCUGCUGCACUGGAUCUCUACCGAAAGAAUAGAGGAGAUCGGAAGGUAACGGGAGUCAUCUAUUCUCAUUCCCAUAUCGAUCAUUUCGGCGGUGCUCGGGGCUUAUUCCUCGAUACCCAAAGGCCUGAUGUGCCUAUUAUUGGUCCUGAAGGUUUUAUGGAAGAAGCGACCAGCGAAAAUCUAUACGCCGGUAAUGCCAUGCGCCGACGUGCGGCCUUUAUGUAUGGAACUCUGCUUCCCAAAGGGCCCGAAGGCCAAAUUGGCUGUGGACUAGGGAUGUGCGUCCCAGUCGGUACCAACUCGCUUAUCCCGCCAAAUGUGACUAUCAACCAAACUGGCGAGGAGCGCGUGGUCGAUGGAGUACGGAUGUUGUUCCAAAUGGUGCCCGGAUCAGAGGCGCCGUCGGAGAUGAACUUCUACUUUCCGGACUUGAAGGCGCUCUAUAUUGCUGAAUGCGCUACACACAGCCUGCACAACAUCAUCACGCUUCGCGGGGCUCAGGUUCGCGAUGCAAAAGCCUGGUCACAGUAUCUCGAUGAAUCAUUGUCCUUAUUUGGACGAGACUCGCAGGUUCUCUUUGCUGGCCACCACUGGCCCACCUGGGAGUCCCACAACAUCAUCAAGCUGCUCGCGAACCAGAGAGACCUUUACGCUUAUCUCCAUGACCAGACUGUUCGCAUGAUGAAUCAUGGCCUCACCGGUAUUGAGAUCGCAGAGAAUCUCCGCCUUCCGACUUCAUUGCAGACGUCGUGGUUCGCGCAAGGAUUCUACGGAUCUGUGAGCCACAAUGUGAAGGGUAUCUAUCAGCGAUAUAUGGGCUGGUUUGAUGGAAAUCCCGCUCAUCUUUGGGAGCAUCCGCCGAAGGAGAGCGCCAAAAGAUAUGUGGCUUGCAUGGGCGGAAUCGAUGAAGUUGCCCGAAAAGCCAAAGAAUUCGAAUCAGAUGGAGAUCUUCGAUUUGCAGCAACCCUCCUGAGCCAUGCAGUUUCUCUGGACCCAACCCAUACCAGUGCAAAAGAGGCCUUGGCGUCAGUGUUUCGCAAACUGGGUUAUGUGACAGAAAAUGCCACCUGGCGUAACUUUUACUUGUCUGGCGCCCAUUUUCUGCAGGUUGGUGGAAGGGUACCUCGUAAAGAGAUGGGCAUCCAGUUCUUGCCCACACAAACAAUUGAGCAGUGGUUCACAUUGCUAGCUAUUCACAUUGAUGGCCUCAAAGCAAUUAGUGAAGAGUUUGCAAUCGAGUUCCAUGUCACGGACGAGCAAGAAUUCUGGAGGCUGAACCUGAGCAACGCUGCUUUGACCAGCAGGCACUCCGCUACCCAGGAUGAAUUGUUUGAAGCAUCAGGCUUACAGAUGCAACUUACCAAAUCGCAGCUCCUGGGUGUUCUUAGGGGCGAAGAAGUUCCUGGUACCAUAAAGAGUGGAGAUCUCGAAUUGAUGUCGAAGCUUCUCUCACUAUUGGAGAGCGGUAUGCCAAGGUAA